CCAACCGUUUGUGGAGUCCAUGGGGAGUUUAUCUGUUUGUGUGAAUCAACCUUCAAAAUUCUUGUGCUUCUCUCCAUGUCCACAAUUGUGGUGCAGAAAUUGGAAUUGGAAGAGUAAUAAGCGUUCUCUCACUUGUUUUUCUUCUCAGAAGAAAAUAGGUUUUAUGGACCAAAUUCUAGAUUACAUUGAAGGCGGUCCAAAGUUAAGGAAAUGGUAUGGGGCACCCGAGCUCCUCCCAAAAGAUGGAUCCCUUUCAGAAGAAGAUAUGUCUUCGGAAGAAGAUGAAGUCAGGGAUGCAGUUUUAGUUACCGAUGGAGAUAAUGAGAUUGGUCAGAUGAUUAUAUUGUCUUUGAUAAUCAAAAGAACUCGGAUCAAAGCUCUGGUAAAGGAUAAGCGGGUUGCAAUGGAAGCAUUUGGUACUUAUGUUGAGCCAAUAGCAGGUGAUGCAAGGGACAGAUCAUUGCUAAAGAAGGCUCUAAGUGGUGUUCGUGCAGUGAUAUGCCCAAAUGAAGGUUUUAUAUCAAAUUUAGAGAGUUGGAAAGGUUUACAACAUGUAAUCCUAUUAUCUCAGCUGUCUGUUUAUAGAGGUUCUAGCGGGGUCCAAGCAAUUGUUACUGCCAAUGCAAGAAAACAGGCAGAACAAGAUGAAUCACUGGUUAUGGCUUCGGGAAUCCCUUACACCAUUAUCAGAACUGGCUUGUUGGUAAAUGCACCGGGUGGAAAUCAAGGUUUCAACUUUAAAGAGGGCUGUGCAUCACAAGGAAAGCUGAGCAAGGAGGAUGCCGCUUUCAUCUGUGUAGAGGCUCUUGAGACUGUGCCACAGAAAGGACUGAUAUUCGAGGUGGUCAAUGGUAAGGACAAGGUCAUGGAUUGGAAAGAGUGGUUUGCAACCUUGAUAGAUAAAUCACAAGUGUAAUUUCUUUAGAUCCAUAACUGGUGUAUGCAUCAACAGUGUGAGAGAAUUUCACCAUGAUAUAAUUAAAGCUAAGACCUUUAAUCACAAUGCAAAUUGCUUAUUUUCU